AUGAUUCGAGAGCUACAUAGCAUAUCUAAUCUUCCUUGGUGCAUAAUUGGUGACUUUAAUGACUUGUUGUCUCAGGAUGAUAAACGAGGAUUACACACACACCCAAAUUGGUUGUGCAGGGGUUACCAAGAAGUGGUGGCUGAAUGUGAUCUUAUGGACGUCCCCUUGGAGGGUUACCCGUUUACCUGGAUUAAAAGUCGUGGAGCAGCACAUAUGAUUGAGGAAAGGCUGGAUAUGUCUCUUGCGGAUCCGGGUUGGUUGCACUUAUUUCCGGUUGCGAAGCUAACAAAUCUUGUAGCAACUCAUUCGGACCAUAGUCCUAUAUUACUUUGCUGCGAUCCGAUGGAUAGUCGGUAUAAGACGAGAAUUUUCAGAUGGAGUAAGUCUCGUACAAGGCAGAAUUGUGAGGAGAAAGAACGACUUCGUGUAACACUGGAUUUAUUCAGGGGCAGUAACGAACCAAGAGAUGUAGAGAGGUACAUGGAGGCUCACACUGACUACAACAAAGUUCUUAUUAAAGAAGAUAUGUACUGGCGGUAA